AUGGGAGUUGCACUCAACACCAAGACACCAAGUUUUCAUGACAUCAUAACCAGUAAACUACAGCAACAAGGAUGUGAGAGCUUCUCUCUCUCCUUCUCUCUCUCUUUCUCUCUCUCUUUCCACCUCCCCUCUCGCCCUCUCUCCCCUCUCUUUCCCUCUCCCCUAUCUCUCUCCUCUCUCCUCCUAUCUUUGUCUCUCUCCCUCUCCCCCCUCUCCUCUCUCCCCCCCUCUCUCUCUCUCUGUAUUUGUCUCUCCCCUCAUAUCCCCCUCUCUCCUACUCUCUCCUCUCUCUCUCUUUGUCUCUCUCCCCUAUCUCUCUCUCUCUCCCUCUCCACCCCUCUCUCCUCUCUCUCUGUCUCUCUCUCCCUAUCUUCCCAUCUCUCUCCCCUCUCUCUCUCUCUCUCUUUUUCUCUCUAUCCCCAUCUCCCUCUCUCCCCCUCUCUCCUUUCUCUCUGUCUUUGUCUCUCUCUCCUCUCUCUCUCCACUCUCUCCUAUCUCUCUGUCUUUGUCUCUCUCUCCCCCUCCCCUCUCUCUGUUUUUGUCUCUCCUCUUUGUCUCUCUCUUUUAUAUAACUUUUCUUCUUUUCUUCAGAAUUUAACUUUUACCGCCGGGCAACCAUUCCGCUUUUUCGAUCGACUUGGCUAA